GGCAGCCGGGGGGACCCUGUGCUGAGGCCGCCGGUGGCUCCGGAGUCCCGGCAGGAGGAGGUUCCCCCUGCCCGGAGCGCGAGUGCGGGAUCGCUCCGCCGGAGCCGUGCCCCGGGCGGAGCCCGGAGUGCCGUGCUGAUGUUUCGGCGUUGAGGUAAUGGCAGAAGUCGGUCUGUGGGGCACGGCCGGAGGUCCGGAGCACGGUCUGCCGUGAUCUGCGCCGGGAUGGGGAACAGCGGCUCGGCCGUGAAGGUCUGCACGGAUCACCAAGGCGGCAUCAACUGGCUGAGCCUGAGCCCCGACGGGCAGCGGCUGCUGACGGGCAGCGAGGACGGCACGGCGCGGCUCUGGAGCACCGCGGACAGCCAGUGCCGCGGGCACCUCCAAGGACAUGAAAGUUACAUCACCUUUUGCCACUUGGAGAACGAGGCUGCCUUCACGUGCAGCGCUGACCACACCAUUCGCAAGUGGGACGUGGUCACCGGACAGUGCUUGGCCAUUUACCGAGGCCACACAUCCAUUGUCAACAGAAUCCUGGUUGCUAAAGACUAUCUCUUCAGUGGCUCCUAUGACAGGACAGCCCGCUGCUGGAGCGUGGACAAGGAGAAACAAAUCCAGGAAUUCCGGGGCCAUCGGAACUGUGUCCUGACCCUAGCUCACUAUUCCUCCAGGGAUGUGCUGGAGGAAGAGGAGGAGGAAGAGGAGCAGGAGGAGAAAGUGAGCAGGGACCUGCUGGUGACAGGGAGCACGGACUGCACUGUGAAGGUCUGGUGGGUGUCCAGCGGGCGCUGCUACCAGACCCUGCUGGGACACACUGGGGCCGUCUUAUGCCUUAUACUUGAUGCACCAAACAGGGAGCUGUUCUCUGGCAGCACGGAUUACACCAUCAGGACCUGGAAUAUUGUCACUGGAGAGCAGCUGAAAGUCUUCAAAGAGCACCAAGGAUCAGUAAUUUGCCUAGAGCUGGUGAAUCGUCACCUGUACUCGGGGAGCGCGGACAGGACGGUGAAGUGCUGGUUUGUAGACACUGGGGAGCGGAUCCAGACCUACAAGGCUCACAAACACAGCGUUAGCACUUUGAAAUACCAUGCUGGCAUCUUGUUCACAGGAAGUGGUGAUGCCUGUGCAAGAGCUUUCAAUUCCAGGAGCGGAGUCUUGCAGAAGAUCUUCCGAGGACACAAGUUCAUCAUCAACUGUAUCCAGAUCCACAACGAGCUGCUCUACACAGCUUCCCACGAUGGCACACUGCGGAUCUGGGACAUCCGGGGCAUAUGCAAGAGAAAUAAGCGGCGCUUGAAGAAGGAGAGGUCUGUGCAGGGCAGGAGCUCCCAGAAGGGGAGUCUGUCUCGUCUCUUCAACAAUAAAGUUGGCUGUAUGAUACAGCAGGAGAAUGGGGAACAUGAGGCUGUUGAACUGAUGUGACUGUCCAGAGCAGGCUUUAUGUCAGUGACCAAAGCUGAACCUUUUAUUUUCUGCACCACUGUGUCCAUGUAAACCAGAACUUGGAAAGAGAUGGGAAGUGGCUUCGCCUGAAUCUCUGUGUGAGGAGCCAGGAUUCUCUGUGGCUGCCAGAUGGACUCAGGUCAGAUCCCGUGGCUGUGAUGACUCAGCUGAGCAGCUCUGGGAUCGGGAGGGGAGGCAGCAUGGUUCAGGUGAGGUAGCACUGUGUGACUGCAAUUAGGGACUUUCCUUACCACUGCUGACAUCAGUUCCCUGGGCACAGAGGUGGCUGCCCGGUGUCUAAUGAGAUGUUUUCCCGUUCCUGUUGCCCCCUCCCAUGACCCCUGUCCAGCCCAGUGUGGCAGUGAAAGGUGGCCUUGAAUUCCACCUUCACAGCUGCCCUUCAGGUCAGUCGUUGGCUGACAAGGCCAAAGCAGGAGGGUUUGGCUCUGCAGCAGGAUUUUAAAGCAGACUGGAGACCUCUCUGUGAAGCUGGGAGUAGUAGGACAGAAAUUAAUUUAAUUGUUUUUUUUAACAAAACAUAAGCCACAGAGCAAGCUAAACCUCAGCCCUUUUGUGCCAAGGUUGUUUGUGCCUUUUGUGUCACCUGUUUGCUGACCUUGUGUUGUCUUUCCUCCUCCCAAAGCUGUGUCUUGCUAGGUUGUCAGUAGCAUUGGAUAAGCAGCCAAACUCAAGAGUUUUCCCAGUCUUUUUCCAGGUUCAUUCUUCUCUGAUAACCACUGAGCCAUGAAUUAACAAGGGUUCUUAUAUUUUUCUAUUUGCAGAUAUAACUCUUUGUAGAACCAGUACAAAAAUAUCUAACCACAUGUUUUUAUUUUUAUGGCUUUAUUUAUUCUGUACUACAGCAAGAUAAAAAUGCUGUAAUUCUUUUUUAGAAUGGAUUAAUAAACAUGUGGCAUCUCCAGACAACUGCCUGUCUAGUUUUCAUUUUUGUCUUAUAUAUCUGGAGGGGUGUGGCCUAGCUGCAGAAGCACAGACGUUCAGAAUGGAUGGAAGGAGGGAAAAAACCCCACAUACACUUUUGGAGACAUUUCUUGCCUUUUCCUCAAUUCUGGGGUUAGAGUUGGGUGUGUGUGAAGCUGUCCUGGCCUCCCACCAGGCACCAAAGUGCCAAAGCUCAGUUCCCCUAUCAGGGGAAGGAGGGACCAGACACAAAAGCACAGACUUAGGGAAAGCAGGGAUGACAAAGUGCUACAAGCCCUGACUCAGCACUGCCCUAAUGGCACCAAGCCUCCUGUUCUGACACUUUAACACUGUGUCAGUGGGUCAGACCCAUCACAGACCCUGCUCUCCUCUCCUGCUGAGCAGCUUUGGUAGUUCUUAACUGGCAGGUUUCCACAUCUAGUAGAAAACAGCAUUUAAAUUUUGUGAAAUGCCUACCAAGAGACUAAUUUGGGAGGUGAGCUGCAUCGUGCAGACUUAAUUCCAAAGUAAACCUCUCAGGCUGGUCAUUGUGGCUCAGUGGCAUGUGUCUGUGAGCUGCUGCUGGCUUGCCAUGCAGCUGAUUGUUUGUAUUUUGCUUCUGAGGACAACACUAAGUAGGAGGCCUUUGGGAGCUGGAUGGAGUUCCCCAGACCACCUGGGCUGUAUUUAGUGUUUAAAACUUCACACGCAGUACGUGAGACACAGGAGCCUAUCUGGGCACACAGCAGCUGCACAUGCAGUCAGCAGAGAGAGAUCUCAGAAAGUGGAAUUAAUGAGUCAUUACCACUUCUGCCUGUUGCUAAACAUAUCACAGUGCCUCCAAAUACAUGGUCAAAAUUAACUUGCAGCUUUCAGCCAAUGCCUCUUGCUCUGCUGAUCACUUACAACUGCACUGGCAGAGUUACAUCAUUGAUGAAUGGCUGCUCUGACAAGCACUGCAUGUUAUGAUGCUAAUUUUAAAUUCCCCAAGGACAAACCUUCCCUUCUGAAGUUGUCGCUGCCAGUUUGCUGUGCAAGCCACUUCAAAGAGAACUGCUGCAUGUGCAGCUCAAUGCUGCCUUCAGUGCAUGCCCAGGGGCAGGCAGCCAAUGCCAGAAGGUUUGGGAAGGGAGG